GCAUUGCGUGUGACAGAUGCAAUUCUCUCUCCCUCAGCCCUCGCCAUCACACACUUACACACACAUACACACACACACUCUUUCUCCUGCGCGCACACACACAUAUACACACACGCGCUCGCGGGAGGCUCGCAGCCAUUGGCUCCGCGCACUGGACCGGCGGACGCGCAGCAACUCUAUAACAGCCAUGCCUGCCUCGGCCGCCACCGCCACCACCACCACCACCUCCACCGCCGCCGCGGCAGAGAGAGCAGCAGAAGCUCCCAGCAGACCCGCUCAGCAGCAACAGCACUCCGGCAGAGAGCGCCGAAACGCCAGUGCCACUUUCGCACCGCGCCACAGCGCAGCGGCCACAGCACCGUGAGCAGAGGGGGAGGAAAGAGACAACGAGAGAGAGAGAAAGCAGGAGAGUAGCGGCCAACUGAGAAAGAGGAGGCUGGCAAGAAGAAGUGAAGCAAAGACAAGAGAGAGAAGAGGAAGAAGAGAAGCGGAGGAAGAGAGGAGUGCGGCGCUUCUGUCGCUGCCGGAAGCGGAGCAGGAGGAUAUUGCUCUGCUGGAUGCAAAGUGGAAGAGGAGAGAAAACAACAUCACAAAGAAAAGAAAAGCCCUCGCCGCAAGAAAAGAAGAGAGACAACAACAAGACAAACUGCAAGUGGCUCAGAGACACUGUGUGAGUGAGAGAGAGAGAGAAGAGAGAGAGUGACUGUGUAUCUCUCUCUGGCUGUUGUGCCAGACCGGACCGGUACUGUUUACUCCGUGCCCCUCCACCCCCCUCGAGCACACGCUGUGCAUGGACGCCGUCCAAGAGCCUCAUGGCGUGUUACUACAUCGUCAUCAGCUCCACGCACCUCAGCAAUGGACACUUUCGGAACAUCAAGGGAGUUUUCCGGGGGCCCCUCAGCAAGAACGGCAACAAGAACUUGGAUUAUGCGGAGAAAGAGAAGACCCUGGCCAAGGCCCUGGAGGACCUCAAAGCCAACUUCUACUGUGAGCUGUGCGACAAGCAGUAUUACAAGCACCAAGAGUUUGACAACCAUAUCAACUCAUACGACCACGCUCACAAACAGAGACUCAAGGAGCUGAAGCAGAGGGAGUUUGCCCGCAAUGUGGCCUCCAAGUCCAGGAAGGACGAGCGGAAGCAGGAGCGGGCUCUGCGUCGGCUGCACGAGCUGGCAGAGCAGCGGCGGGAGGUUCACUGUGCUCCGGGGAGCGGCCCCAUGUUUAAAUCCACCACGGUGGCGGUGGAGGCAGGUCUGAGGGACCCCUGCGGUGACGGAUCCCCCGAGGAGGUGCAGGGUCUUGCUGUGCCGGAGGCGGGAGGCCAGACUCACAACUGCAGCAGCAGCAGCAAUGGCAGUGGCAGUGGCAGCGGCAGCAAUGCUUCAGGCCCGGCAGCUAGCAGCAACAAUGGCAAGCAAUUGCCGUGGCCCCACGCAGCCAAGCAGAAGAAGCCCGUGGGCUGCCGGCGCAAGAUCGCCUUCUCCUUCUCCUUCCGGAAGAGGGCCUCCGUGAAGCUGGAGUCGUCCGCCGCCGUGUUCUGCGAGGGCACACAGGAGGAAGGGGCGACGGAGCGGAGGCGCAGACAAAGGCUCCGAGCACCCCUCGUCGAGCUCGACCUCUCCGGGUCCCCCAGCGACGAGGCGGCAGUAGUGGCAGCCGGUAAGGCGCUUAAUUGCGAGGAGACGAUUUACUGCAUCGGCACGACCCAGCAGGCCCGCUUCGCUCUGAAGAGCGGCAGCUUGGAGAGCAAGGGGUCAUCUGAUUCGCCGGCGGGCCAAGAGAACCCACGGCCCACUUCAGACUUGUGCGCUCUGCUCGUGUACUCGGAGGACGUGGCCGGGAGCCCUUCCGUUUCCCAGAUAGCCGGCUCCCCUUUCGCUCUCAACAGCGUGGACAUUGCACUGGACUCAGAGGACUCUGUGAACGAGAGCCUGAAAAGCUGCGACGCAGCUAACGGGGGAGGGGAGCUCAAAGAGCAAGCCGCCACUGAUGAGCCUGUGUCGGAGGAGAGCGGCCCUUUGAGUCAGAACCCCUCAGACGUGUGCAGCGAGGCUGACCCCUCUCACAUGGGUCAAACGGCAGAGGAGGGCCAUCUUCUAAAAACCCCCUUCACAAAGCCAAGUCAGCCGUUCUUCUCCGUGAGGAGCCGUGACGGUAAUACCAUUUUCCAGUGGCCCUCGGAGAUGCUAACCUUCACGAAAACUGACCCGCCCUUGUCCUACAGCUGCAACCCGCUCCAUUUUGAUUUCAAGGGGUCACAUAAUCGAGCGCCUAGUGACCCGAGGCAGGACGCCGAGACCAAGACGGAUGAGGAGUCCUCCAUCAGCUCGGUCUCAGCCAGUCGGGGGAAAUCCAUAAGUCCAGACAAGCGUAUUGAAGAGGGCAUGUUCAAUCUGGACCACGGUCCCACCGGAGAGGCCGAGGCAAAACCACGAAAGUGCCACCAGCACGCCAGUGACACAGAGAGCUGCCUCGGACUAAAAAUACACGCAAGAUGCAAGUACUUGAAGGAGCGGUCACACAGCCAAAAGCGAACAGCCGAAAAACUGAGGGUCAGGGACAGACGCCAUUACCGCAACCACUACAGGAAGAAGAGGCGACGGCGGAGGAGGAAGAGGAGGGUGCGUCACCACCAGCCUGAGAGGGACGGCGAAAGCAAUGCGCAGGAGAAGUGCAGGAGAUUCCAGAAGCGCAUCACGGUGGACGAGUGUUGUUGGGGGGAAGCGCUUGAUAGCAAAUUUCAAGCUGCCACUUCAGCGCAAGUGCAGCAUCCAUUAGAGAAGUCAAAGCAAUCAGCUCUGAAUCAGACAGCAGACAGCUGCAGCGGGGCCUCCCUAGCCGAGAGGCUGCCAGGCAGGGGGCCGGACACAGAGGGGGGCAUAAACGGCCCAGCGGGCGAUCCGAGCCUCUCUGAUAAGGGCUGGAAGGACAGCGCAAAGGUGGUGGCGGGAGGCGGUGUGAGCAGCCCCAGUUUUCCAUCUGCCCGCUUGACGUGCUUGAUGGGCCGCGGGUCGUGCCGGCAUUCCGACGUGCCUCAGUCCCAGAUCGUGGGCUUCACACGCUGGAGUGACGAGCUGCCACUCCACACGGACGACGUCAUCGGCAGCAUCAAAGCCCUGUGGCGCAUCCAGCGUCUGAAGAGGAAGCGGAGCGCCUCGCUGAGCGACGUUGACGCCAUGUGCUCGGAUCAGGUGACGUGCGCCCGUCUCAGAGAGCCAGGCAGUCAGCUGAGCGAGCGGGAGCAGGAACGCGAACAUCGGAGCUCAUCUGACGAGGGGUCCACGUGUUGCGAACACGGAAGAUGCAGAAAAAGAAGAAAAAUCUCCUGCACCGUAAACCAGUCUCCUGACCCUGCGUACAAGGUGCCUGUCGCUGAAAGCCUUGUUCCGACUGACCAAAAUACGAGCGAUGUGAACCCAAGCGUGAAAAGCCCGGUUCUGAAAGGAACGGGUGACUUUGGGAGCGUGGGCUCAGACAAAAGCUCAUGCAGUAUUGAUGAUCAAAAGAGCUCUGUGGUCGACGUGCCGGCCGGGAGCUCCAUUAUCCCUGACCCGGGUCAGCGUGUGGCAGAUAGUGACCGACAGAUGGGGAACCCGCCUGGCCUUAAAAUCAAUGAGCAGCCCCACGCCACUCCUGACGAUCCCCCUGCUCCUCCUCCCCCACAGCCCGCCGAGUGGAGAGAUUCGAGUGCCUCGGAAGACACGGGAGAGACUCUCACCAUCAGGUCUCGACAUGACAACUCGGCAGCGGAGGAGCACUCUAACAAGCCGGCAGUGGCAGCAGGAACCGCAACACUGGCAGCAGCAGUAGCAGCACCAGCCCAGGUCUGCCUGUCAAGAGGAAGAGAACAAGAGAAGGCGUUGGCAACAUCUGGAAAGGCCGGCCUGGACAAAUUGUCUCAGCACAGCAGCGGCCACCCUCCGGCGCAGCCCCCGAGGUUUCAGCUGUCUGUCGGACGGGCCGAGGAGGAGAAACCUGGCCGCGAGAGCUACCGGACCACCAGCAGCUGCGGCAGCAGUCCUUUCCACGGCCCUCCUCCUCAUCCUCAUCCCCCUCCUCCGCCUCAGCUGUCGUGCUUCCAGCACCCGUCUGACAGCAUGGAGAGGCACUGCCUCCUACAGAUUCAGACACACAGACAGGUGCUCCACCACCACCACCAGCAGCAGCAGCAGCAGCAUCAGCAGCAUCAGGUGUUUCAGGCGACCAAGCUGAAGCCUGUGCUCCCGCAGCGCCAGUCUCUUGCCGUGCCCGUGUCCUCCCCCGUCCACCUCCACCAGGUCCACCUGCCCUCGCCUGGCUCCAUCACCAUCCGCCACACCAUCCUCCAGCACCACCACCACCAUCACGCCACCUUCCUUCCCCCGGCUCAGCAUCACCACCACCACCACGCACCUCCUCCGCAGGUGCCUCCUCCUCCUCCGCCGCCUCCGCAGCUCUUCCCGCAGGUCCUGCCAGUGACUCGCCUGCCGCUGGGAGCGGAGAUGUGCCCGCCCGGUGCCCCCGCUUUCGUGACUCCGCCUCAGGUGUCGGUGGUGGGCCCGCCCGGCAUGCACCCGAUGGCGGUCACCUUCCAUGCCCUCCCCCGGCCUGCCAUGUUCCCCCAGAUGUUGCCCCCCCACCCAGCGGUCAUCCCCCUUCAGCCUCUCUUCUGACACCAGACUCACCUGUGUGUUCAGAGAUUCCAUUGUGUUCGUAGGAAGUCCAGUCACCGAGCUUAGUAUUCUACCCCUUAAAAAAGCUGUUAGGAUGGCUAAAAUAGCAUAAUAGGAUCUGCAGAGAGAGAGAGAAAAUUCAACAUGAGUAGUUUGUCAGUGCUUUAAGGUUAGAGGAGAAGAGAAUUAUAUUUGUGUAACAUUAUUGCACCUAACUUUUUUGGCUUUAGUAACAACAACAAAAAAAAACUGGAGCAAUGUUUUAUUCAACAACACGGCUGUUAAUUAGGUUUGAGACCUGUUUUUAGCAACAAUUCAUUCUGUGUUGACUGAGGAUAAGUCACAUGUAGGUCACAUUUGAAUACCGGCACUGUAGUUUAAAACUCUUAACAAAAUAUCAUGAUGAUUCAAGCUAAUUGGUGAUCUCGAUCUAAGCACAGUAGUAGGUCUUGAUACAACCCCCCAAAUAUUUUAAGCGGGUGUCCCAGUUUCCAAAGGAAAGGACAAGAAAAUGGUCAAAAUACACACAAUGAGCUAUACGGUCUAGACUUAAUGUGCAAUCUCUCCACAUGAUCAUCCUCCUGCUAGUGCUAACUGUGUAAUACCAUUCAAUGACUGUGUAUUACAGUAAAUUUAUGGAUGCGAUCUACAAUGAUCAGUAGUGAGCCAGUUCUGUGCUAGAGAGGGUGAGUUAGUGGUCUGCUUGCCUGUAGGCUUUUAGAUGGUCAUAUAAUACAAACCACUGAGUGGUUGUUGCUGUAGGCGCACUACACACAAACGAUAGAGAGCUUGCUUUUCCUCGUCAGUGUGAGUGGGAGUCUUCAUGCGUCAGUUUGUGUAGAUUCGUAGGACGUUGGCGUGGUGCUGAUUGGCACCGUUCCUACAGUGUGGCAGAGCUAAUGCCCAUUAGAGGUACAGUAGAUGGCAUGACAACCGUUAGCAAAGGCAACAUCUAGCACAGUAUUCCUGCAAAGUUAGAGUCAAGUGAUGUUUAAUGUAACGCAAAAAUGUGAUGACAGUAUAAGAAAUUCACUGAGAAUGAGUGAUGAUGGGAAACAAAACAUAAUGUGGUCAAACAAAAUAUGUAUCAUAGUUAGAAUGGCCUCUAUAUGGGUCAGAGAAGUACUUUAGCGGAGUAGAUAUGGAUUUCAGUGACGUACUUUGGCUGGCUAGUUUGAUCCAUAGUGGAAUCUUUGCACCAACUCAACAGGUUAGGUAUUAACAUGAAAGUUGCAUUUAUAAGUUUCUCAACAUCCCGUGCUCAUCACUUUUUUGUUUCUGUAAAAAAUGUGUUGUUGUGUGCAGCCUUCUUCCACUGGCAGUUCCACCAUGUAAGCAAAUGAACAGCAUUAUGUAUAAUAGGGAGCAGUUGUUAGUUCAGCAUAAUUUUGAUGCCUGGCGAAGUGGAUAAGAGGAAAGCUAGUGCACUGAUAGUUUGUUCUCAGCUGACAGACUCAAAGGUGUGCCAUAAUUCAAAAUGUAAUACCUGUUUCUGUAUGGUCUGAGUGAAUACUUUCCAUAUGUGUUUAUUUAUUUCGCUUUUGUUAAUUGACUGAGGGUGUUGUUAUUGGGCAUAAUCCAACAGUACAUAGCUUGGUUCCCUGUUUUAUUUUCUCAGAUACUGUAGGCGUUUAAUCUGAUAGAACACCCUAGACAUUAUAAGCUUUAAGGCUGUAAAUGCAAUACAUAUGACAUUAAAGUUGUUCUGAAGCACAAACUACUAUACUAAGUGCUAUUUUGGAAGUGAAUGUUUACACAUACCAUUCAAGUCACCUAAAAAAUGUUUUAGUAUACUCACUUAGUAUGUUGUAGUAUACUACUCGCUUAGAUCAACAUAAUAGAUUAAUUGAAGCAUUUAUCUGAGUUAAUUUGAAAGAUCACAGUGAAUUCUCUCCUCAAACAGCGAAUUAGUCUGUAUUCACUAAAAGCUGUGAUCCGUAGUCUUUGAAAGGUUUGUCAAAUUCCCAAAUGAAUUGCUUUUUUGUUGAGAUACGAGCCAGUAAAUCCAUCUUUUUUCUUUCUUGUUUCCCCUCCUCCUUCUCCUAGCUCAUUAGAUUUCAGUAGUUUAGACACCAGGCCCAAAUAAUAGCAUGUGGCAGCAUCACUGACACAGACAGUAUCAGUGUGAAUUGCUCAGCUAUAAAGUGAGUGCCAAUUAUUUCAUGUCAAAUAUAACCAAAAUAAGAAAUAAAAGAAUCCUUGCUCUUGCUCCUUGCUUGCAUCAGACAACUGUCCAAAUAAAUGCCAUUGUCCAAGCAAGAAUCAGUUUUCUUGCUAAAUCUGUAAGUCUCUAAACAAGUCAGAGUGAGAGUAUAUAGACUACAGCUGAUAAUCUUUGUUCUGUUAGAAAAAAGGGCAACUGUUCGGCAAUGGAACUACUGCAUGGGGAAAGCUCGUAGGGUUGAUAUUGCAAACGUAACUCAUUGUCAAUGGAAAUCUUGUACAGAUGAGCCUGUUGGUGUCUUGCAAGAAAGACUUGUUAUAAUCUGCAGUUAUGUGUAACAUAAAAAGCAAGCAAGCAUUUAAAAUUGUCUUCUUCAUAAAUCUGCACCUCUUGACCAGAUCUGCAGAUCUGUGUGAAGGCACAAUUUUAAUGUAUUUUAGUACAUUCAACUUGCUUUCAAGACCUGUACAUGGUGUAAAUUAGCAAUGUUUAUAAUUAAUGUAAGAUUUAAUGUAUAUGUAAAUAUGUUCCUGUUUUUAUUGUGCAAUGUACCCUAUAUGUAUGAAUUAUUUAGAUAAGACAAAGCCAACUAUGUUUUUUACGCCAAUUUGCCAACCGAAUGAUGUUAAAGUAAUAUCUAAUAAAAAUAGACAAAUGA